AGAAGAGGAAAAACAUGACCUUUUUUUCAUUCUUCUUCACGCAAGAACAGAGCUACCAACCAGUCAAGAAAAAGAAUUGCAAAAAUGUAACAGAAGCUUAAAGGACAGACAGGCAAAAAAGUGGCAAAUCUGUCAUUUGACUAUAAAGGGUUGUUUGGUCGGAGGGGUAAGGGUUAUAAUUUCAAAAUUAAUUUUAUAAUGAAUUAAUCUCAUAUUUGAUUGAGAUAAAGUGCAGUGGUUGUAUGACUAUUCUUUUUUAUUUUUAAAGAUAAAAUAACUAAACUCGAAACAGCAGAUUUCGAAAUAAUUAAUCAGAAAUACUUGUUUCUGAAACAAUCCCCCGAGGGGUACAGAACGUAGCACUGUAACAGUAAAGCAAAUCUCUGCAAAGACCCAAGAAAAAAGACCUGUCUUUUUGAUGCCAUUCUUCUCUUUCUUUCUUUUUUUUUUUUUCAAGACAGACAUACUCUUGAUCUUCUCCCUCUUAAAUACCGUUUAUCACUACUCUUUUCUUGUCACAAACUUCACUGUUUCUCUUUUGUUUGUUUGUUGGUGGUUUGUUUUCUACAAAGCAAAACAACAACUAUGGCAUUCUUGUCUAAUGUUCUUUUUCUGUACUUAUGCUUUUUUUGGGCUAAUGUUGUCAUGUUUGUUUUUUCUCAGCCUAUUGCUUUGAACAUGGUGGAACAAGAAGCAUUGUACAAUGUUCUUGAAUCCAUUAACUCUGAUGUUUCUUGGCGUUCUCUUUUCCCUGAUGACCUUUGUUCUUCUUCUCCACAUGGGGUUCUUUGUGACUACUUUGAACUUCAAGAUAACUCCAGUACAACAACAUUUACUGCUCAUGUAACUGAGAUUAGUCUUGGUUAUGUUUCAGAUUAUGCUCCUAAUCCACCUUGUACACCUAAUAGUACACUCAAUGCUUCACUUUUUGCACCUUUUACUUACCUUAGAAGGAUUUUUGCUUACAAAUGUUUUACUGAAAAUGAGGUUUUGAUAGACUUUGGAUCUUUGCCUCCUUCUUUGGAGGAGUUGGUUUUUAUGGAGAAUAAGGGUCUUGUUGGUUCUUUGGGUGAAAAAGUUGGGAACUUGAUGAGUUUGAGGAGGUUGGUUUUGAGUGGAAGUGGUGUUUCUGGGGAAAUCCCAGAUGGGAUUGGUGGUUUGGUGAACUUAGAGCAGCUGACACUAUCAAGAAACAGGAUUGGUGGUGAAAUUCCAGUGGGGUUGAAGACACUGAAGAAACUUAAGGUUCUUGAUUUGAGUCAAAAUGAGCUUCAAGAAAGUGUUCCUGAAUCUAUAGGGAAUUUGACUCAACUUUUGAAAAUUGACUUGAGCUACAACAAGCUUUUUGGGAAAAUCCCUGAAAGUGUAAAAGGUUUGAAGAGUUUGGAGUUUUUGGACUUGAGUUACAAUGGUUUUAGGAAUCCUGGGGUUCCAUUGUUUUUGGCUGAGUUGCCUAGUUUGAAGGAAGUGUACCUGAGUGGUAACUUUCUUGGAGGGGAAAUUCCAGAAAUAUGGGAGAAUCUUGGAGGUAUUGUGGGGUUGGGAUUAUCAAGAACAGGACUAAUUGGGAAUAUUCCUGUUUCAAUGGGGGUGUACUUGAAAAACAUAAGUUAUUUGGGGCUUGAUAAUAACAAGUUGGAAGGGACACUGCCUGAAGAGUUUGGGGCAUUGGAAUAUGUGAAUGAGUUACAUUUGGAGAACAACAAUUUGAGUGGGAGACUUCCAUUCUCUGCUAAAUUUGUCUCUAAAGUUGGAGAAAAGUUGAAAUUGGAAGGCAACACUCAACUCUGUGCAGAUGAAGGAUUGAAAAUUCCUGAUGUUAGUGUUAGCUUGAGUCUACUAAAAUUGUGCAACAAUGAUCUUGUUAACAAGUCCGUUCCUUUCUCUGGGGCAUCUUUAGUACUGUUGCCUGCUUCCCAUGUCAUUUUAGUUGGAAUUUUGCUUCUCCUAUGCUAGUAGACAAUCUUGGACAUAUACUAACUAACGACUUUUUAAGUAUAGGGAAAUUUUUGAGUGUUGAUAGAAGCUUUUGGGUUUUAGUAGAGUUCUGUUUCUGCAUUUUUCAUGUUGUGCGGUCACAAGGAGCAAAAACCAAGAGAUGUAAUAAUAAGUUUUUAAUUUAAGGAAAGUUCAUAUUGCA